AUGGGCAAUACGGACGUUGCACGCGAAAGUUCGAGUUGUAGUUCCGGGAGCAGUCCACCGCCCAUGUCGACUGAAGAUGAAAGGCAUGUAAAUUUGAUUGAUUCGUCCGUCUCUCCUCAGAAAUUGCUGCACAACUCGUCGACAUUGAACGGCUACAAAGACGUCUCAAGCAAGAAGCCACCUAUAACUGCACCCAAACCAAUAAUCAGAUCUUCGGCUAUUAAAAUUGCUAGAGCCGACUCGAGCAGUUCGGAGCACGUAGCCAGAUCACCAUUCAAGCAGACAUUGGCCGAAAGCGGAAGUCUGAAUCGCCAUCGUGAAGAAUUAUUUUCACCUGAGAUUCGAAGACGAUGUGAACUCCCGGUCUCGUCCAAACUUCGAAGUUCAUUAGCAAAUCUUACGACGGAUGAAAGCGACGAUGGUCGUGCAUCGCCUGUUGCGCCUUUCAUUCAGCGGUUCAAUUCUAAGACGAGGCAGUCAAUGAAUGUGGAUGCGAAACCAUCUCGAGUGUCGGCAUAUGAAAGGCUGCUUGGUAUAUGGACCAUUUUGUUCAUUUAUGUGAUUGGAUUGUAUUAUUCGUUUGUUGAGUUCGUCAAGGACAACUUCUGGAUACGUCGUCGUUACAGUACCUAUUCUCAGAAAUUAGAGAGUGAAAUUACAUCGAGUGAAUUUCUACAUGACAGUUUAUCAAGGCAAAAAGCUUGUGCUGUUGUGACAGGCGCGAGUGGCACUAUUGGUAUAGAAAUCGUUCGACUGCUCUUGAAACUUGGGUUUCGAGUUGAAGCAUUAGCUGAUCAAGAAGGCGAUUUGCUAACAGUGGAAGACAGUGAACGUCUCAAUGCUCAUAUCUUCGAUAUCUCCGAUUUUGAAAAGGUGAAGAUGGCUGUCGAUGAAAUCAGAACAGCUUCACCGAAUGGAAUCAGUUUAAUAGUUUGCAAUGCCGGAGUUAUGCUCCAUCCGUAUAAGGUGAACCGGUGGGGAUAUGAGCACCAUAUGGCUGUCAAUGUGCUGUCGCAUGCACUGCUCGUUGAUCUGCUUCUUUCACACAUCGAACCCAUUCAUCACCAGUUGCGUAUCGUUUUUGUAUCCUCAUCAACUGCUCAUGCUGGCUAUAUUGACCCAAAAGUUCCACUCAAAGAUCUCUUCAAUCGAUAUGUUAACGGUUAUCAAGCAUAUGCUGAUUCAAAGCUUUUGGUUGCAUUCUAUGCUGAGGAGCUGCAUCGAAGUGCAUCAGUUUCUGCUCUUGAAGUGCUUGCCACAGUGUUCAGUGAUCAUCUGAAGGGAGGCUCUUAUUACGAGCGUAUGGAGCCAGUCAGGUUGAAAGCUGAAAUACCUCAUACAACAAGACAAAAAGUUUUUGAACUCAUCAGACAAGCUAUUAAAAUCUGA